UCCACUGCUGAAAUGUCACUCUCCAAAUUUUAGUAUCCAAGAAAAAAUUGGAGCACUAGCAUACUGCCAUAUCACCAUAGAAGAAAAAUGGUAUCUUUAGAGCAAAAGGCAUCAGAAUGGAGUGGAGUUGAUCCAAAGGAUGCAGUUGCCAUUGAUGAGAUUAAUCUCUUUGAAAAACUUGGUCUUCAAACUUUCAUCAAUCUAUCUACCAAUUUCUACAACAGGGUGUAUGGUGAUGAGGAAGAGUGGUUUCGAUCAAUUUUCUCGAAUUCAAAUAAAGAAGAAGCCAUUAGGAAUCAGUAUGAGUUCUUUGUGCAAAGAAUGGGAGGGCCUAAUUUGUACUCACAGAGGAAAGGCCAUACAGCAUUGAUUGGACGCCACCGCACGUUUCCAGUAACUCAUAAGGCUGCAGAGAGAUGGUUACACCAUAUGCAACAAACACUGGACAGUGCUGCAGAUGUUGAUGAAGAUUCCAAAACUAAAAUGAUCAACUUUUUUAGGCACACUGCAUUCUUUCUGGUAGCUGGAGUUGAGUUGAAGAAUCAAAACAAAGGAACAGGAUGUAAGAAUUGCAGCCACCAACACUAAGCAAGUUGAUGAGUUUAAUUGACUAUAUUGAUAAAAGAAUUGUGCCUCAAUCGCAAACCAGUUGGGAUUGACUAUAUGAAUCUAUGUUAUCGCUCCAUGUGAGUACGUGAUAUGUAAUAAUGAAGAUUAGAUCAUAAAAUCAUUUUGGGAAUUUCUUCAGUCUGCAAGUAUGUGAAAAUUUUGAAAGCCAUUGGAACACCUUAUAGUAAUGGCAUGCGUCCAUUUAAAUUGUUAAAUGUGAAAACAAAUACACUAUUGGAAGGGGUCUUUUAGUAAAGAGGCAACUUAUUCAUAUAC